AUGAUCACCGACGUGACAGUCGACCAAUUCCUGAAUGCGGCCGACGUCAUCAUGUUGCUUUCGUCAAUUGUAUCAUCCUUCCUGCAAGUCUAUGUCAUCCGUUCUGCCCUCUCGCAUUUGAGAAGAAGAGCCAGCGAUGAAUGUCUUCACCUAUUUCUUCUUUCCAUGACUGCCGGGGACUUGAUUUUGACAGCGUUCUGCUACCCACUGGAGAUCAUUCAACAUUUCAUCGGCUACGCCCCCACCUGGGUGAAUAUGAUGAUGCAUUUCUUGACGUGGGCCUCCCUCUCCACGUCGUCCAUUUCCCUGAUUCUACUCAAUUUGGAUAAACUUCUGUAUUUUAAGUAUCCGCUCAGCUACUCGGCGGUCGUCUCAAAAUCCAAGGGCAUCGGCAUCGUGGUGGCCACCUGGGUCGCGUGUUUUUCGUUUGUGUUAGCUGCCUGGCUGACCGGAUCGUUCAACUGCGGCCCGGAUAACUGCCUAACGCUGAAGCUGUUCCACGGAAAUACCGGGAUGUACAUUGGAUUUACCAUUGGAGUCUGUAUCCUGCCCACCCUCACUUCACUGGGAGUCGCGCUGUACAUUCUCAAAAUUGUCUCCAUGCACAAGAAGCAACUCUCUGAAGAGCAAACCCUAUGCGGAAACAACAACGGCGGCCCCCACACGCAUCAAACAUUCGCCUCUCGCCUCCGAACAUUCUAUUUCAUCUUUAUGACGACGAUUUUCACCGCCUGCACAUUAUUACCGUAUCGAGUGAUAAAUAUGAAGCGUCUAAUCUCCCCGGCCACCGGCCAGAGCCAAUGCGUUACGCUACUAUUUUUGUGGAUCAUGUGGUACCUCGUGCAACUCAAUGCGGUGGUGAACCCGGUGCUUACCGAGACUGGCGCAAUUUCAACGCCCGCAUGCCUCCUGCUCGCUGGAGCGGCCCAUCUCCUCGGCCCACCAUUGCGAGGUAUUCGGGCGUGGUCCAGGACACGGGCAUCAAACAACCCCGAAUUGCACGCGGCGCUACUACUCCAGUGCUGCCCCGGGCAAAUUGAUGAUUUGCGCCCCACCCUUCAUCGUCAAAACGGCCUAGAGGUGUGGGCCCGCUCGACGAAGACUGUUUUGAAUGACGCCGCCAUCGAGAGGGCGAAACGAAAUGGCGACGGAGGACGCGGAUACGCAAAAGGUGCCGUCGAACCCAAAGUGAUGCAGCCGUUGAUCAACGCUUUUUGGAAUGAAAUCAUGACGACUAAAUCGGAAGAAUGGGAGGCAUUAAGGAGUGGCAUAGUCUGUGAAACAGAACCAGACAGAAAACGACCCAGAAUUCCAAGCCCGAUGGAA